UGACCUUUGACCUCAUGUGUUGAUGACUCUUCACCUCUGUCUCCUCUCACAAGGAGAAGAUGAUCUGCAGGAUCCUGCUGCUCAUCAUCCUCACCUCAUGUGUCUCUGGAUCAUUUGUAGUCAAUGUGACACAGACCUCCUAUCAGGCAGAGGAGAACCACAACAUGACACUGGAGUGGACGUUCACCACCAAACAUGACAGAUCCUCAGAAACACUUUUUAUACUCUGUGAACUCUUUAUCAGUGAUAAAUUGUCAGUCCUGUAUCAGGUUCAUGAAGGUGUUGAGGUGUCAGAGUCUCAGGAUGAAAAGUUUUCAGGACGAGUCCAGAGUGACAAAGACGCCCUCAGAGAAGGACGAAUCAGACUUCAACGGUCCAGACUCACGACUGAUAACUCGGGUCUGUACCUGUGUGAGGUGAACACUGAUUAUGGCUUCGGUGUUGGAAGAUGUCGACUAAACGUCACUGCAGCUGCUGAUGAGCCCAAACAUCAAACUCCAACAAUGAACCCACAGACAGAGAGUCGCGGAAGCAUCUGUUGUGGAUUUUUGGGUGUUGAGGUGUCAGAGUCUCAGGAUGCAAAGUUUUCAGGACGAGUCCAGAGUGACAAAGACGCCCUCAGAGAAGGACGAAUCAGACUUCAACUGUCCAGACUCAGGACUGAUGACUCGGGUCUGUACCUGUGUGAGGUGAACACUGAUGAUGGCUUCAGCGUUGGAAGAUGUCAACUCAACGUCACUGCUCAGUGGAUCGAACAGUGA